ACAAAAUCUUGUCUGCACGUAACUAUAAUUGCCAAAUCUUCGUGGCAUCCGGUCUUCCUAGACCCUCUGAACUUUUGUCUUCUGGCCAUAGUUGAAGUUCUCUUCUUGGUUUCUUUUUCACAAAAAAGAACAAAAAAUUCAUUUUCCGCUUCUUCUCAUGCUUCUGCUUCUUCUUCUUCUUCCAUAGUUCAAUUUAUUCAGAGAUUAACACGUAGUAACUUUUGGUGGGUCGGGUUCAGUUGAGGUCGCCGAGGAACGAUGAGCUCUGAGGGGGUGAAGGAAGAUUGUCUUGGUUGGGCCGCCAGAGAUCCUUCUGGUCUUCUCUCCCCCUACAAAUUCAGCCGCAGGACCGUGGGAAGAGAUGACGUCUCGAUUAGGAUCACGCACUGUGGAGUGUGCUAUGCAGAUGUUGUUUGGACUAGGAAUGAGCAUGGAAACUCCAAGUAUCCUCUGGUGCCAGGGCACGAGAUAGUUGGAAUUGUGAAAGAGGUUGGCUGCAGUGUCCAACGCUUCAAAGUCGGCAAUCGUGUAGGCGUGGGAACUUAUGUCAAUUCAUGCAGAGAGUGUGAGUAUUGCAAUGACCGGCUAGAAAACUACUGCGAGAAGGGACCGGUUUCUACUUUUGAUGCAAUUGAUGCGGAUGGUACAGUCACGAAGGGAGGAUACUCUAGUUACAUUGUCGUCCAUGAAAGACACUGCUUCAAGAUACCAGAAACCUACCCGUUGGCUUUAGCAGCACCAUUGCUCUGUGCUGGAAUCACAGUAUACACUCCAAUGAUGUGUCACAAGAUGAACCAACCUGGUAAGUCUCUUGGCGUAAUUGGACUAGGUGGGCUCGGUCAUAUGGCAGUUAAAUUUGGGAAGGCUUUUGGACUGAAAGUCACAGUGUUCAGUACAAGCAUUUCUAAAAAGGAGGAAGCACUGAGCUUGCUUGGUGCUGACCAUUUCGUUAUCUCAUCUGACCCAGAACAGAUAAAGGCCAUGGCUAAGUCUCUGGACUUUAUAAUAGACACAGCAUCUGGCGAUCACCCAUUCGAUAAUUACAUGUCUCUUUUGAAGACAGGUGGCAUUCUAGCAUUGGUUGGGUACCCAAGUGAAGUUAAAUUUAGUCCAGCAAGCCUUAACCUCGGUAUGAGAACUGUUUCAGGUAGCAAAACAGGAGGAACAAAGGAUAUCCAAGAAAUGAUAGACUUAUGUGCGGCGCAGAAAAUAUACCCAAAGAUCGAACUGAUACCAAUUGAUUAUGCCAACAAAGCUCUCGAGAGGCUCAUCAAGAGAGAUGUGAAGUACAGGUUUGUCAUUGACAUUGAGAACUCCCUGAAAUGAUGCCAUUUAUCAGGAAGGAGGGAUCUUUUUUAGGCAGAAGAAAUCAUAAGGAGAGGGAAAAUGGAAGACAGAAAGCAUUAAUCAGAGUUGCAUGUAUUUUUCUUGCCCAGCAGGCAAUCAAUUCGACAUCCAUCACAUGCCUUAAUUGUGAAUCUACCGUUGAAAUAUGCAAAUUAAUUAUGUUGUGUUA